GUUUUACACAAUUAAAUUGAUCCCUUGCUACCCUCUGUUUUUGGAUUUUGACAGAGGCAACUAUAAAUAUUACUAAUUGAUCUCAUGCAGUCCAAGUAUAAAAUGCAAAAUGAUUUCAAUUUGUUUACUAAUUUCCUGCUUUUUCCUUCAUAUCUCAGAAGCCAAAGAAAUGCUUCUGUGAUCAAGGGGAUAAAUUGCAGAGGAACAACAAAUGACAAGUGCUCCUUAACUUUUGUGUUUUUUUAUUAAUUUUGUUGAAUCAUUGACAAAGUAUGAAAAGUGUAGAAUUUGCAGCAAUUUCAAAACCAAAUAAACUCACACAUUAAAUAACAAAACAGUGUUCAUUUAGUGUUAAAAGAGGGAUUAAUUGGUAGUACCAGUCUUGAAGUUAAUUAGUACUUAGUAUGCCAGAAGAAUCAGUUGACCAGCAGCAUUUUUUCUUCCUCGGUUUGCUGUCAUGGUCAGUCCAUACAAUUCUAUUAGCUGUUAAAGGUGCUUUUCUGAGUGUUGUACACAAACAAAGGAGGAUCUCAAAGAAAGCUAUUGAAAGAGAAAACUUGAAAGUUUGAAGCUGAAAUUAUAUUUAAAAAAAUAUAUUCAAAGUUUCAUAUCUUGGCUUGUAAAGUGUAUUUAAGGCAUGUCCAAAUAAUCCAGUAGAAUAGUAUAAAACUGUAAAAAAAUCAUUACAAAAGAUAUAAAAUUACUGUUUUACCGAUUUCAGUCCAUCCAACGGACACUUAUCCUUUUUACAUGUACUUUACAGCAGGGAGAAAUAUCAGAAUUUUCUGUGAUCAACUCAGUACAACUGACAGGCACAAAGUAAUUACUUACUGCUGCUUCAAUUAAAAAAAUAAAAAAUAAAUAAAUAAAUAAAAAGAACAUACCCUUUUCAAAAGCUAUUGAAGAGGGAAAUAAUUCUUCUUAGAAGAAGAAAUUCCAGUUUAUUUUAAGAGGGGUAGAAGACAAGAAGCAGACAUAUUUAGAUAAAUACGCCAUAGAUGGGUAGGUUGGUUUUUAAUGAAGGAGAUGGACUGCGGUUUUUCAAGUUCAUACUUGAAGCCACCAUCCGUGAGGGAAAAAUCAUGCUUCCUAAGAAAUUUGUGAGACGACAUGGGAAUGAAAUCCCAAGUACUGUAACCCUUGAGACCCCAACUGGUGCUUCAUGGCAAGUAGAGCUGUUGAAGAACAGUACCGGAGGAGAGUUUUGGUUUGACAAGGGCUGGAAAGAAUUUGUGGAGGGCCUCUCUCUUGAGCAUGGAAAUGUAGUCUUCUUUAAAUAUGAUGGAGUUUGCCAUUUUGAUGUGAUCAUAUGUGAUGAAAGUGGGAUAGAGAUUGAGUAUUCAAGCAAUGAACUAGAACUAAUAAACUCGGCAGUAGAUGAAGAUUACAUGCAAUUUCUGAAUACUCUGGAACAGUGAUGCUUUCAACUCGUCAAGAUAAGAAUGUGUUAGGAGUUUCCAUUUCCAAAGGUGUUUGUUUCUUGAACUAUGUUCUCUUUCUUUCUUUUUUCUUUUCUUUUUUUUUGGUUUUCAGUUAUCAGUUAUGAGUUAUCAAGGUCAACUUUUGAUCUUUGGCAAAAGAAAGAUCCUAUUGAGAUUUGGUGAGAUA